AUGAUUUCCAUCGGAAACGAAACCAAGUUCCUUUGUGGCAAUGGGUUGUUGGAAUUCCGAGGAGCUUAUUAUGUGAUACGAGGCAAUGAUCCAACAGCCAACAUUUCACCUGUGUGGGAACCGAAUGAAUGGUUUUUGGGCAACUCAAAGUCGCAGUUCUUUUUCACAUUUCCGUCACUACCUCUUAUGGUCGCACACGCUCUCAUAUGGACCACCAUCUAUUUCUUCUUAAUUAAGUUUUCUAGUAAUAUUGGGACCAUACUAUCUCGACUUUGUGUCUUAGCGCCAUGCGCUUUGUACAUAUUUUUGAUACUCGGCAUGUCGAUCAGCGGGUUUCAUUUUGGAACGCCUUCAAUCGAAAAAGAAAUCUCUCAACAAAAACGAGACGACGAUCCCUUCGACUAUUGGGCGGACAUCAGAGGUUUCUACCGUACUACAAUCCUCACAGUAGACUACUCGGGUGCAUUCUCUGGUUUGCUUCUGUUCGCCACAAGUCGUCUACGGCCAGGAGCAAAGUCUUUGAAUGCUCUUUUGCUUCUACCAAUGAUGAUGUUAGUACCCACAAUGAUGACGAUCCUUCGAAAUGGAUGCGAAGGCCACGUAGCCGAUCAACAGCCCGCCUAUACGGUAUACGCCUCAACAGAUGAGACGAUAUCGUUCGAUCUGCUUCCGGUGUGUUUCGCGACGAGCAGAGCAGGACCAAUUUGGGCUAUUGUCUACUACACGGCUCAGUUUUUGUACACUUCUUUAGGACCAAUGAUUGUCUACGUGUCUUUCAUCUAUCAGUCUUUCGUCGAUGAUGUACCAACCGUUCAAAAUUUUGCUUCAAUUUUCUUCGCCUUAAUCGUCACCCUAUUUGCCGUGCCAUCAGUUUUACUUUAUAUGCCUUUGGGUACGAAAGUCACUACGCUGUUCCGUUACACGUCACAAUCGUCGAUCGUUCAGAUAUUGUGCUAUAUCCUCAUCUACUUUGUUUACGGUUGGCAAACUAUCGAAUCAGAUAUUCUGACGACGUCAACCGAUGCGAGUACUGUAUCACUGUUACAGUACCUUAUCCGCCCUACCAGUCCCAUAUACACCGUGCUGAUGUUCACGCUAGUUCCAGCUCUGCUGUGUGUAAGUUCACUUUUCUUUCUGCUUCAUAUAUAUGUAUACUUUACCAUGUGGGAGCAAAUGAAGCACACAAUUGGUUUUGUGUCCAUGCGGAACCUUACCACCCAUAACAAAAGUGCCAACUGCCUGUUUGCUCAUGGGCACUAG